GUUUUGUUUCUUGUCCAAACACGUUGGGGGUAUGGGAGUUUGCCCUAGUCCUGGGGGUCCGCGGGGUUCGACAAUCCGCACCCACACCUACAGCGCCUUCAUCGCCUUGCUUUUCCCCAUGCCUCCUCCACAUAGGUUUGAGUGAGUGCGUGUGUGUGUGUGUGUCUGUCGUUCUUCCUUCACCCUCUUGCUCAACACGCCGCAGGUCUGGGAUUCUGCCCCGGUCCUGGCCUCGCCUCGCGCGCAGAACGGCCUGGAGCCCCCGCCCUCUGGCGAGGGAUGUCCGCGGGGCGCGCCCGGGCCGUGCUGCUGGGCCCCUGCCGGCGCAGCGGCGCCCCGGCCCCGGGGCGGGGCGCCCGCAGGGGCCUGGCGUCGGCAGAGGCGCCCCUGCGGGAGCGGCUGGCUGCCGUGCAGGCCGCCGUCCAGCGUGCCUCCAGCGCCGCGUCCGCGCGGCCAGUGCGGCUGGUUGCGGUGAGCAAGACGAAGCCGGUGGAGCUCCUGCGGGAGGCGUACGACGCCGGUCAGAGGUGUUUCGGUGAGAACUACGUGCAGGAGCUCGUGGACAAGGCUCCGCUGAUGCCAAGCGACACGCAGUGGCACUUCGUGGGGCGCCUGCAGAGCAACAAGGUCAGGGCGCUCGUGCAGGGCUGCCCGUCCCUGGCGUGCCUGGAGACGGUGAGCAGCGAGAAGCUGGCGAGGGCGGUGGACAAGGCGUGGCUCGCCGCGGGCGCCGCCAGGAGGCUGCCCGUGAUGGUCCAGGUGAACUCCAGUGGCGAGGUGCAGAAGAACGGCGUGCCCCCGGACGAGGUCUCACAGCUGUGCGUUCUGAUCUCUCGCGAGCUGCGUGGCCUGGAGCUCGCCGGGCUCAUGACCAUCGGGGCCCCGGACUACAGCGGCUGCCGCACCGAGGAUUUCGAGACACUGCGCACAUGUCGCGCGCAGGCCGCUGCCGCACUUGGCGUAGAGGAGGCCGCGCUGGAGCUCAGCAUGGGCAUGAGCAGCGAUUACGAGAAUGCCAUCCUGGAAGGCUCGACUUCUGUGCGGGUCGGCUCCCAGAUCUUCGGCGCCCGAGACUACGCAUCCAAACCGUGAGGGGCACAGCGCGCAGCAAAACCACGGAGAAGG